CAUGCCUCCCCGCCCCACCAGCAGCUGCUGCCGCACCACAGCACCGAAGUGAGCUGCGACUCCAGCGGAGACAGCAACAGCGUGAGGGUCAAAAUCAACCCCAGGCAGCUGUCGUCCAACAGCCACCCCAAACACUGCAAGUACAGCAUCUCCUCCAGCUGCAGCAGCUCCGGGGACUCGGGGGGUGUCCCCCGGAGAGCGGGCGCCGGGGGCCGCCUGCGCAGGCAGAAGAAGCUGCCCCAGCUGUUCGAGAGGGCCUCCCGCCGGUGGUGGGACCCCAAGUUCGACUCGGUGAACCUGGAGGAGGCUUGUCUGGAGCGCUGCUUCCCGCAGACCCAGCGCCGCUUCCGGUACGCGCUGUUCUACAUGGGCUUCGCCUGCCUGCUCUGGAGCAUCUAUUUUGGGGUCCACAUGAGAUCCAAACUGAUUGUCAUGGCAGCCCCCGCUCUGUGCUUCCUCGUGGUGUGUGUGGGCUUCUUCCUGUUUACCUUCACCAGGCUGUACGCCCGGCAUUAUGUGUGGACCUCGCUGGUCUUCACCCUCCUGGUGUUCGCUCUGACCCUGGCUGCCCAGUUCCAGGUUCUGACGCCUCUCUCAGGACGUGUUGACAGCUCCAAUCAUACUCCCGCAGCGAAGUCCACAGUCACUUGCUUAUCUCAAGUGGGGAGCUUUUCCAUGUGCAUCGAAGUGCUCUUUUUGCUCUACACCGUCAUGCACUUACCUUUGUACUUGAGCUUGUUUUUGGGAGUGGUGUAUUCUGUUCUUUUUGAGACCUUUGGCUAUCAUUUCCAAGAUGAAGACUGCUUCCCCUCACCCGAAGCAGGGCCCGGGCACUGGGAGCUGCUGAGCCGAGCCCUGCUCCAUGUCUGCAUUCAUGCUAUUGGGAUCCACCUCUUCAUCAUGUCCCAGGUGAGAUCCAGGAGCACCUUCCUCAAGGUGGGACAGUCAAUUAUGCAUGGGAAGGAUCUGGAAGUGGAAAAAGCCCUGAAAGAGAGGAUGAUUCAUUCUGUGAUGCCAAGAAUCAUAGCUGAUGACUUGAUGAAACAGGGGGACGAGGAGAGUGAGAAUUCUGUGAAAAGGCAUGCUACCUCCAGCCCCAAGAACAGGAAGAAAAAGUCUUCCAUACAGAAGGCCCCCAUAGCAUUCCGCCCAUUUAAGAUGCAGCAGAUCGAAGAGGUCAGUAUUUUAUUUGCAGACAUUGUGGGCUUCACCAAGAUGAGUGCCAACAAGUCUGCUCAUGCUCUGGUGGGUCUCCUCAAUGAUCUGUUUGGUCGCUUCGACCGGUUGUGUGAAGAGACCAAGUGUGAGAAAAUCAGCACCCUGGGAGACUGCUACUACUGUGUGGCAGGGUGCCCCGAGCCCCGGGCCGACCAUGCCUACUGCUGCAUCGAAAUGGGCUUGGGCAUGAUAAAAGCCAUCGAGCACUUCUGCCAGGAGAAGAAAGAAAUGGUGAACAUGCGUGUGGGGGUUCACACGGGGACUGUCUUGUGUGGCAUCUUGGGCAUGAGGAGGUUUAAAUUCGACGUGUGGUCCAAUGACGUGAACCUGGCCAAUCUCAUGGAGCAGCUGGGAGUGGCUGGCAAGGUUCACAUUUCCGAGGCCACUGCAAAAUACCUAGAUGAUCGGUAUGAAAUGGAGGAUGGGAGAGUUACUGAACGCCUAGGCCCGAGCGUUGUUGUUGACCAGUUGAAAGGUUUGAAGACAUACCUGAUAGCGGGUAAGAGAGCGAAGGAGUCUCAUUGCACCUGUUCAGAGGCCUUGCUUUCUGGCUUUGAGGUCAUUGACGGCUCACAGGUGUCCUCGGGUCCUAGGGGACAGGGGACAGCAUCACCAGGGAGUGUCAGUGACUUGGCGCAGACUGUCAAAACCUUUGAUAACCUUAAGACCUGCCCUUCGUGCAAAAUUACAUUUGCUCCCAAAUUGGAAGCUGGUGCAGAAGAAGGAGCAAUGCAAAAUGGCUGUCAGGAGGAGCAUAAAAAUAAAAACAAGGUUUCUGGAGGACACAAUUCCAAAACACAGAACGGACUCCUGAGCCCUCCCCAAGAGGAGAAGCUCACCAACAGCCAGACCUCCCUGUGUGAGAUCUUACAGGAAAAGGGAAGGUGGGCAGGUGUCAGCUUGGACCAGUCUGCUCUCCUCCCACUGAGACUCAAGAACAUCCGGGAGAAAACAGACGCCCACUUUGUUGAUGUUAUCAAAGAAGACAGCCUGAUGAAAGAUUAUUUUUUUAAGCCACCCAUUAAUCAGUUCAGCUUGAACUUCCUGGACCAGGAGCUAGAGCAAGCCUACAGGACCAGCUAUCAAGAAGAGGUUAUGAAGAAUUCUCCCGUGAAGACUUUUGCCAGUGCCACCUUCAGCUCCCUCCUGGAUGUGUUUCUGUCAACAACAGUGUUUCUGAUUCUCUCCAUCACCUGCUUCCUGAAGUACGGGGCUACCACCACGCCUCCCCAGCCAGUCACCCUGGUGGUCUUCGGGGUGGCCCUGCUCCUGGAGGUGCUGUCCCUCAUGGUCUCCGUCAGGAUGGUGUUUUUCCUGGAGGAUGCGAUGGCUUGUACCAAGCGCCUGCUGGAGUGGAUAGCUGGCUGGCUCCCACGCCAUUUCAUUGGGGCCAUCCUGGUGUCACUUCCCGCUCUCGCAGUCUAUUCACACAUCACUUCCGAAUUUGAGACAAACAUACAUUUCACCGUGUUCAUGGACUCGGCCAUCCUCAUCGCCGUCGUGCACUACUGUAACUUCUGCCAGUUCAGCUCCUGGAUGCGGUCCUCCUUAGCCACGGUCGUCGGGGCUGGGCCCCUGUUUCUGCUCUACAUCUCCCUGUGCCCAGACAGUUCCAUAGUAAUUUCACACCAUGGUGCAGUACAGAAUUUCAGUUCCGAGAGAAGCCCGUGCAGUAGUUCAUUGCUGCGUGACAGCAGGAGACCCGUCAGCCUGAUUGGCCAGGAGGUGAUUCUCGCCUUCUUUCUCCUGCUCUUGUUGGUCUGGUUCCUGAAUCGAGAAUUCGAAGUCAGCUACCGCCUUCACUACCACGGGGACGUGGAGGCGGACCUUCACCGCACCAAGAUCCAGAGCAUGAGGGACCAGGCAGACUGGCUGCUGAGGAACAUCAUCCCCUACCAUGUGGCUGAGCAGCUGAAGGUUUCCCAGACCUACUCCAAGAACCACGACAACGGGGGGGUCAUCUUUGCCAGCAUCGUCAACUUCAGUGAGUUCUACGAGGAGAACUACGAGGGAGGCAAGGAGUGCUACCGGGUCCUCAACGAGCUGAUCGGGGACUUUGACGAACUCCUGAGCAAGCCGGACUACAGCAGCAUUGAGAAGAUUAAGACCAUUGGGGCCACGUACAUGGCUGCAUCGGGGCUGAAUGCCACACAGUGCCAGGAUGGCAGCCACCCACAGGAACACCUGCAGAUUCUGUUUGAGUUUGCCAAGGAGAUGAUGCGCGUGGUGGAUGACUUCAACAACAACAUGCUGUGGUUCAACUUUAAGCUCCGCGUCGGCUUCAACCAUGGACCCCUGACAGCGGGGGUCAUCGGCACGACCAAGCUGCUGUACGACAUCUGGGGAGACACCGUCAACAUCGCCAGCAGGAUGGACACCACGGGAGUGGAGUGCCGCAUCCAGGUGAGUGAAGAAAGCUACCGUGUCCUCAGCAAGAUGGGCUACGACUUUGACUACAGGGGCACGGUGAAUGUCAAGGGCAAAGGUCAGAUGAAGACCUACCUUUACCCAAAGUGCACAGACAAUGGGGUCGUGCCUCAGCACCAGCUGUCCAUCUCCCCAGACAUCCGAGUCCAGGUGGAUGGCAGCAUCGGGCGGUCUCCCACAGACGAGAUUGCCAACCUGGUGCCUUCUGUACAGAACUUGGACAAGCCAUCUCUGGGUUCCGAGAAUAACACACAGGCCAAGGACCCUCACCUGUCUUCUAAGAGACCCUGGAAAGAGCCUGUCAAAGCUGAAGAAAGGUGUCGAUUUGGCAAAGCCAUAGAAAAAAGUGACUGUGAAGACACGGGGGUGGAGGAAGCCAAUGAACUCACCAAGCUCAACGUCUGCAAGAGUGUGUGACGCAGCACCUGACCGCUGCCCACGGUGCUCUGUUCCUCGAAACACAAUAAUAUUUGUAUUUGGCUGUUGUGCGCUCCAAGCGCCACAGUUUCCAUCCCCGGGCGUGGCGUCACGUGGUCAUCGCAGCCCUAACUUCUGUGUAGAUCACAGUUAUUCAGGGUUCAUUUCCAUCCAUUUCGUUCCCUUUCUCCCCCGGAACGCUGUCCCCUGGGUGUAACCGUUCAGCAGCGUGGAGAACAAGUGCCUUCAGGAGAUGGCUGUGGCUUCAGAGUCGAGGGACAGAGACCACAGGGUAGAGGUCACGGCAUUGGGUAUUGUUGGACUUUAAGACAAAAGCUGUGGUUAAGAUACCGUUUUUAUUGCUUUUUCUCACGAGAUACUUUUCUUUGCUAAUGCCACGUUUUUGAGGUUUGUUUUUCUCUACAUACUGAAUAGUGUUUUCCAGUGACCUGACCCUUCUCUGUAAAUACAUACACGCACACACACUUGCAUUUACGAAUCUGAGCUCAAGUGCCAGUAGCUCACCGAGGGGAGGUCAAGGAAGGCGGUGUGGGCUGAGAGCAGCGGCCAGCCGGACGGACGGCCUGGCGCCCCUCCCUCCCUGCGCCUUCCAGAGCGCCCGGCCCUUGUGGGCUGCGGGUGCCCCGCUCCCCAUACCUCCACACGCAGGCCAGGGUUCCAAAUGCUAGCCCGUAACUAAGCUGGGGAAGCCAGGCCUCAGGAAUUUACAAGCUGUUUUCGUUCUGCCCUCAUGCCGUGCCGAGGGGUCUUCCAGCAGGGAGUGAAGGGGUUUGUCCUUGAGGCUGACUCGUCUGAGAGGAAAACGAAAAUAAAUGCCCAAGGGUUGCAUUUAUUUAUUUAUUUAUUUAUCAGGAAAUGUGUUUUCAGGGAGGGGAUGCCAGGCCGUUGUGCUGAAGGCACACAGCGGAGGGUGAGACGCUGUCUGUUCGUGCUUUAGCCUCUUUGUCCACCCGCCCUGCAAGGGGGCCAGGCAGGACCCAGGGGCAUGGCCCGCGCUCAGGUCAGAGAAGCUCUCCGUCGCCACGUUUUACACCGAGUGCCGCUCCUUCUGCCCUGCGUGACGCGGGGCGGGUAGGAACCGGCGGGGUAUGAAGCCCGGGGUCUGGGCAGAGCGCGGGGGCAGCAGGCAGUGCGGGCACUGUCCUGGCCUUCACCCAUUCAAGAAGUUUCUCUAUCCUUCCCACUGCCAGCCUGUGCUGGGCCUGUUUGGGGCAGGACUGGGCCUGGUGAAUGAAGGCCAGCCCUCUCCAGAUGGAGGUCUUGCACUGUAGACUGGGGCAGAAUCGUCUGGACGCAAAUGGGGUGUUAAUCCAGGACAGUGUAGAAAACACUUCUGGGCCCUUUGUGGCCAAUCCUCCUUGUAAUUACAUUUUGCCACAUGAAGUCUGAACUUUAUGUAGAACUGAACUCGGGCUACAGUUGCCUUGUCAUAGUCAUAGUCAUUGAUAAGGUGACACUGGCACACGGCUCCUGGGAUCAUUUGAGAACUAGCUCCUUCUCUGUUUAAGGUCUUCACCGACAUGCCCUGUGCAUUUGCUUCUCACCGGUAAAUCUGUGUAAUUUCACGGCUGCGUUAAGUUAUCACUCCUCCUCCCCAAAUUUGUACAGAAUCUGCCAUUUCCAGCAUCAUGACCUAUUGAUUCUGAUCAGCCAUCUCCCCAGGGGACAGCCACCGGCUGUUCAGCCAUAGCCAGGACCACGCCAUCCUGGGGAACUGAGCAUGCUCAGUAACUACGAUCUUCCUUCAGGUUUCACUGUCACUUUGUUGUUCUUCCAGUGCCGGAGAAAGGAUGGUUGUGACAAUACCUCUUGCUUCUAAAGAAUGUAUUCUUAUAAAAUAUUGCAGAAUUUUUAUUUUUAUUUUUAUUUAAAAAAACACUACCUAAUGCUCUCCUUGUCUGUAAGGAUUGUGGGCGUGUUCGGGGUUUCUUCCAUCCGUAUUCAGGCGUGUGUGUGAGUGCGGCUCUGUUCCUUUGCCUGCUCGCUUCAGGCUCUGGAGCUGUGGCGGCACCUAAGGGGCUGGGCGGUUGCCUACUUGUUACCAGUGUCUCUGUUGUUGCGCCCAAAACGUACUCUGCAAAGUUCAUCUCUGCACCCACUUCCUUCCUAUCAAACUCUUUUUCCCCUUCCCCACCUACAAAGGUGUUUAUGAUUCCUGGCCCUGGGAAUCCAAGAGGCUGCAAACCACCGGGAGAGAGUCAGACCGCAUGGUGGUCCGGUUCAGCACUGUGCAAACCGGAGCCUUUGAUGGACAGCUCACCCUGAGCCUUCCCAAACAGCCAGUUCAGAUGUGCUCUCUAGUCCUUCCCAGUUCCCUGCUCUGAAGCAUACCUCAUCACGGAGCCACAGAAUCCCUGCAGCGGAACUGCUGUGUGUCUCACCGAGUUGGCAUUGAACAGAUAGUUGCUGAAGACAGAUGGGUUUCCAAGCAGCAGGUUCAAGCACUCCCGGCACGAGGAUGCAUUCUUCAGAGUGGCAAUACCUCUCCUGAACUUAGGGCAGGAAGCAAUACUUCAGAAAUGAAUGUGUGUAAAUAGUUGCUUUGAGUUGCAAUUGCUAUUUUCUUCUUGGCCCCAGGUCAGAUCAAAUUAUAUAUAUGUAUAAACAAGCACAUAAUUUUAUCCAAUGCAAACAAAUGUAGAGCAUCAGUUAUUAAACCCUUAAGUAGCUUGAAGAGUCGCACAGAUUAUGCAACACCUGCACACGACUCCGUUAACACUGACUUCGCUUGUGGAGGCACCUGCACAUUUGCACAUGACACUGAGAGCCAAGGGCCACGUGCUCCCGUGACAUGGUCUGUAAUAAUCUGUAGUUUCCAAAGAUCGGUCUGCGUUUGCAUUUCUAAAUUUUUGAGGUAAACAUUUUUUUGGUUGGUGGUUUCAGAAAAUCACAUGCCUGGAAUCUGAAAUUAAAUUAGCAAGGACCAACUGUUUGCGUUUUCCACCUUUCCUUUGCUUUAUUCUUGGUAAAUUGUUAAUUUUAAUAAUUUCAAAAUGCAUCCACUAAAGAAAUGGACAUUAAAAUAUUCUAAAAUCUAAAUAUGUGAUGCCUGGUAUUCUCAUUGGAAAGGUCAGUACUACUUCAGAGAUUGGGGCACCCCUUGUCUCCUGCAAUUUGUGGCUUGAAAUAGGAAGAUUUGCUUUUCUUUUGCAUCAUGACUUUGAAAACAAGGCAACUAAAAAAAAUCCCUAUGUGUCCUGUGGGGUUUUUUUAUGGACAUAUUUGCUACAGUUAACUUUGGUUGAAAAGUAUUUAUUUUUACAUGGAAUUUUAAAAACAUACACACACACACAGAAAAGCAGGUUGUAGGACUAAUUUUGCUUGUGAUGACAACCCCAUUUUAUUGGGCCUUCUAAUCGUUUUUUCCUGCAUUAUCUUAAGAGAAGGGAUUGACUAGGAAAGGACAGUAGCCUCUCCCUUGAAGAGUUCCUGGGGGUGCCCGUACCACAGGGAAGUCACAAAACCACUUCAGAAUCUGAAGUCCCAGAGACUUUCCCCAGAAAAACACACAUGCCAUUUAUACAUCUCAGGGGUUCACGGCACCUCCAACUCGAGCCAAACAGAACCUGCUGGGGUUGAGGCUCUUGUCGACUCGGUGAGAGGAGAUGAAGACGUGGGCCUGUCCGUCCUUGCGCAUCAGCUUGCAGGGAUCAAGCUUCUAGGUGAGUCUGCUGGAACCUGGUGCCAGUGAGGACACUACUCCUUGGUGAGGACACUCCUUCCCCCUGAAGCUGCUGCAGGCUUCCCUCGGAGCCUUGCAGAGCUUAGGGAGCCACGGUCUUCGCUGCCUGGAGGUCUAGAACCUGGGUCUCUUCCACGAGAAACAGCGUCCAGGAACGUAAAGGACUUCUCACACAGUCCAGAAAGACAGCCUCUAAUGUUUGCAAUGAGUCUCAAAACUUAGCCUUUGUGAUUUCUCUUGUGUUUAAAAGCUCUUCACACGUGGUUCUGUUGUGGGAAUCCGUCAUUGUGGCCACCUGGAAUAAGUCCCAAGUUCCAGGAAAAGGAAGCUAACUGGGGAAAGAGAUCAAUGAGAGGAAGUGAUUAAGAAAAAGUAUGCACUUGCACACCAUAUACAUGUAAAUUUAAAAUCUCCCCAAGUGUCUAUUUUUAUACAGUUCCUUUGCAAAAAAAGAAAAUGGUUUUUUUUUAAUAACAUGACUUCAAAGAAUUGUUACUGUUAUUAGAGUAAUUUAAGCUUGGGGAAUUCUCAUAUUCCUGCUGGGCCUGAAAGUCGGAAGGAGAAGUGAAUUAAGCAAUCAUCUAUUGAGCAAUCUGAGUGCCUCCUGAAAUCUGUCAUCAACAGCAUCUAUUCUUAACCUUUUCUCUGGCUCACAAAGCCUUUGAUAAUUUGAUGAAGGUUGUGGCUCCUUUCUCCAGAAAACGCACAUAAAAAUAAGCCCUCUUAAUGUUGCAUACAAUUUCAGGAGUUCCUGGAAAUAAAUAAAAUACCCCUGAUUUGAAAUAACUAGAGGAAUGAUGGUUUUUAAUUAUAGCUAUCUGCAAAUCCGGUUUCUAGGCAUUUAUGGACUCUCCAUUGGGAACUUGAUUAAAAGUGUUAAUGCUGCUUAUUUAUACAUGCGUUUCCAAUCAAAACUAUAUUUUACAUUUUAUGUCUGAGUUACCUAAAUAUAUUUGAAGAGCUACUCAAAGAGCUUUUCAAUAUAUAAACAUAAAGUUAGUCAAAUACUUUCCAACAGUUAAGUAACAUUCAGCCAGUAUUUACUGACAACCUACUAUGUGCCCUAUAAUGCCAAAGCUCCCUUUAUUUAGGUUGUUCAAUUUGCUGCAGUACUUGAGAAUAUUUGAGUAACAGCUGUGAUUAGAAACUGUGCUUUUCAUGAUGGCUCUACCACUAUGAAUUCCACCAGUAAACUGAAGGGGAGUUCCAGACACCUGGGGUCACAUGGUGACAUCCCUUUCCGUAUUGACAGUAUUAAACAGUGGCUCCUUAGUAUCUUCUGUAAACCAUUAGAUUACUUUUGUGUUUAUGGUCUAUGGAUUGCUUAGCCUCUCAAGAAGGAGCAACAGAUGAGAAACCUUCAGAGAAAACAACGACACCAAUAUUGUGUUGGAUCCACAAUGAGAGAGGGGCCACUCCACAUGCUACUCAUAAGGUCAUGCAUUUUGUUUUAAAACAAUCCUCUCCUGAUGGCAAUUCGGUCCCAACGUGAGGGGCUCAGAGCUGGAUGGAGGAAGCGCUGGCGUGGACUGAUUUGGCUGGUGGCAGCCUUUCAGGAAUAACCACCAGGGAAGCGUGUUCCGCUCUCUGAGGAGCAUGGUGGGUGGAAGUCUCUGCCAACCCCAUCUCCACCCUAUGCCUGGUCGUGAGGCGAGGCAGCCCAGCGUCCAGCAGUCUUUUGAAAGGAUUGCUCUUUCCCCGUCUUCCUCUGACCUUCUUGAUCUCAGAAAAGUCUUGCCUUCUAGGUUGGAGGGUGAGGAAUGGUAUCAGGAAAGAGGAGUUAUUUGGAAACUUGUCCAUGUGAUUCUGGGAAAAGGAAGCAGAAUGGGAAAAGGGAGUGAUGACGACUUGUAGACUCUGCUUGGACUCCCCUGGGCAUAGACACCCUGUGCCUGAGGCAAACUUCAGUGGCUCACCAUGCCCUUCCUUCUUGGGACUGGAUCUCAUUCUCCCCAGCUUCUGAGGUCUCCCAGACUGACCUCUGGAAGUCUUCUCACCAUGGCGCAGCCCUACCCAGUUCUGUCUGUGUGUGUCAUGGGUGGCCAUUCCUCUCCAAGGACAUGUGUCCCCACCCCCAUUCCCAUCAUCUUUGACCUCCCAAGUAGGUUUCAGUGCCAUGCCAUCCUCAUUCCCCAACUUCAGGAAUAUAGAUUCAACUACAGCAACAUGAUUUAGCAGACACUUUAUUUAUUUAAGGAAAGUAAUUCCUUCUCACAUAUGCAAAUAUGCCUCUAUAUGUAAAUUCAGCUCUCACAUAUGCAAAUAUGCUUCUAUAUGUAAAGUAGUCUCUCAUUAUAUGAUGCAUUCCCACCAAGGAACUCAAAAAGCCUGGAAUCCCUUUUAUCCCCAUGAUGCCUCAUCCAAGUGGGUAGGCAGGGGUGUUUUCUCUGUACAACAGAUUUGAAAGCUCAGGUUCAGAGCUGCUCAGUGGCUUGCCCAGGUUCAGCUUGUUGUCCGCCAUUUCCAGUUACACGGCCAGAAAACAGAGCAUGCUGCAAAUCCAAGUGAUAUAACUUCUUGGCCUCCCCCUUCCUGUGCCAGGAAAGAACAAAGAAUCCAGGUGGUGGAAUGGGACAUUGUGCAUUUAAAUGGUGAAAGUACCCAGGAGUCAGCAAGUGGCCGACAAGGUACAAUACGUCUUCCCUUGUCUCCCUCUACUCUUCUUUCUGUCAGACUGGCUACUUGAAUUACGUGUCAGAUAUUUAAAUUAUUAUCUAAUGUAUGCUUGGAAUGGAGAAGUUUUAAAAUUAUUCAAGUGUCCAUGUGCUAACAAAGACCAUCAGGGAAGAGGCAAAGUUUGCAACACGCUGGUGCCUUCAGAAAGAUUAGUGUAAAACACAGAUUAUUUUGGUGUCCUGUGCUACCUUCCAAUUUAACAGCAAUAGAUCAUGUACCUUUAGCACAAAAUUGUUUUUUCUAACUAUUUAUUGCACAAUAAUUUUUUAUUAUAAUGUUAGAUCAUUUUAAAAAUACCUUAUCAUAUAUCUAUACAUCUCCAAUAUUUCAGGAACAUAUUAGAGAAAGGGAACGAAAAAACAAAUAUCACUUGGCCUUUAACUUGAAAUAGCAUAGAACAUAAUUUGUAAUUUUGACACCAAUUUGGAGCUCUUGGAUAAAAAAAAACAACAGACUGUUGACUGUUUACAGAGGACUGAGAACACCAAGAGUUUACUUUUUAGAAGCAAGCUUUGUAACAUGGUGUGUUGAUGGAACUUUUCUUGGGUAAUUUUGUUUGGCCAGGAUGACAUCUCUUCUUCCUCAAGAAUAAAGGCUUCUGGUGGUAUCACAGCUACAUUUAGAGUAUUCAUUUAGCACAGAAGAAUAUGGCUGAAUAUUGCCCUCGUUCUCCUGCUUAUAUUAAUUGCAUGACAAGUUGUACUUUCCAAAAUCUUCAGUCAAGGACUUCCAUAGACUUCUCACCCUAACCUACCGUGACACUGGGAGAAUGUUCAGAUUUGUUUGUAUGUUUUUUAAUAUUGAAGAAUGUUAUUUAUAUGAACUUUCAGGAAAUUAAUACAAUAAAGCCUAAGAAGAUACGGUAAAACUAUUUUUAAAAAGAGAUUGGAAGCAGUUAUGCAGAUAAUUGAGGGUAAAAGCAUCCUUUUUCCUAAAAUGUUUCAAAUGGGUCAACAUUUAUUGAACGAAUUUCUUGCAUGAAUCACAUGGAUAGUGAUUCAAAUUCUUCCAUUUCUUAUGUAGCCAAUACAGUGGGCCGCUUCAGCCCUUUCAGAAUCUUAUUUCCAAAUUUCCUCUUCUUCAACUGUCCAUUUUGUUGGCAGAAUUACAAUAGGCUCAGACCUGCAUGCUUUGAGAGAAAACUGAGUGUGAGCUCAUGAACUAGCCAUUCAACAGUUUCCAGAACUCCAAGGGUUUGUCUGUGCUCCUGACAGGUGGCUUCUGUCACCACCACAAACCCAAGACCUGGUCCACCUGUGCCCGUAGCAACGGCCCCAUGGAUGACUUGGAGCAGGAACUCUGCCAGUGCCGGGAGAGUGUCCGCCGUGCGUGAGACCGGCUGGCAGAGCGGAGGAGACUGGCUCUGCAGGUCCUCGGGAGGUGAGAAAGCAGCCUCCACGCCCCAGCACGGUGCCAACCCUCCUGCUGCCGCUCUGGCUCCUUGGUGAACAGUGAUGACCUCAUGUUCUGCUUGUAACACUUUUCCUGGUCUGUACCUCAUGCACUGGCCCGGCUUGAGAUGCUUCAGGACCUGGGCACCCACCACCCUUCGGAAAAUCAUCUGCAUGCCCCAGUGGUGAACUGGGCAUUGUGGGCCCGAUUCGGGCUUAGAAAGAGGAUCUUCAUGCCUCAGCUCCUGGGCUGGCCCAGCAGCAGGGAACCAGACUCUCAGGCCUGCAUGGAACCCAUAGCAACCCCAGCCAGUCUCACCAAUGGUUCUGGGGUCCCAAGCUGUCUUUGGACUUGGGGGAGUGCAGGGACAGAGCAGAGGACCAGCUGGGGAUCCCGGAAAAGUGGGUGUCAAGGAAGUGCAGUUCACCAACAUCCGGUGCAGCCGUGCUGGGCUCCCAGGCAGCCUUUAGCCACCUCUGCGCCCCUCAAGUGCCGCAGCUGCCGGCGCCAUAAGCCAUUAGUUGGGGGGUGCCAGCAGGGCCUCCUGGUGCACCCUCCUCACACGACAGCAUUGAACCGAAGCACCAAUAACCCACGGAUGAGCACCGAGCGAAAAACCCAAAGCCUUAACAUCCUCUCGGGAAUCCUGUGUCAGUUGCACCAUUUGUAACAGGCGGCAUUCUAGGAUGUAACGUCCCUGAGAUGAUCUAUUUACUAAAAGCAGCUUCCACUGUCUCAAUCCGUGCAGUCAUCCUCAUUCCAAAACCGAUUCUAGGAGGCGCUCCAGCGGCGGUGUAACCCGACCCGACCCGGUCACAGUCACGGUCACGGUCACGGCGCCCCAGCCAGCCCCGCCUCUCCCGUCACGGAGCAAGUUUCCGUGAUUCAUGGGGUAGAAUCACUGUCAAGAGGCAACGCGGUCUGUUCCAGCCGCCUUUUGACUUGUGGGUGGUUUAUGUUCUAUCCUAACACUGACCUUCUCUCACACACCCCGACUCGGGCUCCCUGUGCAUGGGCACUGAAUCCGGCUCGUCAUGAAAUACAGAAAGAAAUCAUGGGACAUUUUCAUCAUCUUUCCAUUCCGAAGCAUGGGUGGUUUUCUUUUCUCAUCAGUGUAUGUCCUAGACCUAGACACUGCUUGUGGGUCUCUCUUUCCUCCCCUCCAACCUUCUACUCAUCUGCACUUUCCUGUCUUCUCUUUCCCAGAAGAUAAAAACACUGCGAGAGGGGCCUGACGUUUCCUUUCAGUUGGAAAGGAGCCGAAUUGUAAAUAAAAAAAAUAAGAAACUGUUUAUGGUUGGUCAACAACCAAACCCAGGAAGAACUGUAUCUGUGAGAUAUACAUAUGUCUCUCUCUAUAGAUAAAAGCACAUUAUCUUUCAUUCACUACUACAGACUUGUAACCUAUUGUAUAUUAAAAUGUUUUACUGUAUCAGAGAAAACUUUAUGCGGUAGACCGAGAAAAGCUGUGGGGGGAAAAAUUCAAAAUAUAGUAUAAUUGACUCAAA